AUGGGCCUGUUCCCAAAGGGAAUUUCUGAAAUUUCAUUCGACCCUAAUUCUAGCCGUUUGGAGCUCCAUUUGGUGCCUCCUUCCCCUUGCGAUGCGAAAUUAGAGACUAGGGAGCUUUUCCUCUGGCUUCCUGUGAAAGGGAUCCGGGUCGACAUUACGAGCUCAGGGUUGAUUUAUUUUGACGUUGGGGUUGUGUUUAAGCAAUUCUCGUCGUCAUUUUUCGAGACUCCAAAAGAUUGUGAUGUUUCGACAAAGGGAGAUCAAGUAAAAAAGAAAACAAAAGAAAAAUGCAGGGCCAUCAGAUCUCGUACGGUUGAGCGACCAUCGCCACGGCACUGCACUGCAGAUCUGAUCAAUGUCGCGGUGCUCCGCUUAUGA